AUGAACUCGACUGCUUCGUUCAAGGGGAACCCAUUAAAUAAAAUCAUUGGGUUAUCCAUCGUUUUAUCCAUGGGGUUUCUCCUUGUGGUGUUGGCCGGUAUAUAUGGCAAUUGGUUCCCCAUAAUCAAUGGGAUCAUAUUUGCCGUAGCACAUGUACCAGUGGUUAUAUCUAAGGCAGUUUCUGAGAAUGGCGAUUAUGACUUCAAUUUUGAUCCUUCUGUAGCUUCACUGGGUAAUGCAAUAAAGGAAUUUGGUCUGUUUUUAUCAGCAUUUCUAGUGGUAACAGGAUUCUACCUUCCUGUUCUUCUCCAUCAUUCUCGUAUUCUCACCACAACUGCCACCAUCUUGACCAUCAUAGGAGGUAUGCUUAUCUAUGGUACCGUUUAUGCAUUUUCUCUGUAUUUUGUUGAAGAAGACUCAGAAGAAGAUGAUUUAACCACCAUAUAA